AUGCAGAUCUUUGUCAAAACCCUAACGGGAAAGACUAUUACUCUUGAAGUUGAAAGCACCGAUACAAUUGACAAUGUCAAAACGAAAAUUCAAGAUAAAGAAGGUAUUCCUCCGGAUCAGCAACGUUUAAUCUUUGCCGGUAAACAGCUCGAAGAUGGCCGUACCUUAGCCGACUAUAAUAUACAAAAAGAAUCUACCUUGCAUCUGGUUUUGCGCCUUCGUGGUGGUAUCAUUGAGCCAUCUCUUAAAGCACUUGCAUCGAAAUAUAACUGUGAAAAGAUGAUUUGCCGUAAAUGUUAUGCGCGUUUACCACCUCGUGCUACUAAUUGCCGUAAGAAAAAGUGCGGUCAUACCAAUCAGUUACGUCCAAAGAAGAAACUCAAGUAA